UUUAAACCGGAAGUGUAUUUUUUAUAGCAGAAAACGAGAACGGAUGAACUUCGUUGAACUACAAUAUGCCGAGGUUAGAAAUAGAAAAUCGAUCAUCAAAGAGUAAGACCAAGAUAUCUCAUAGAGACAGUUCAUCUGGUACCUCAGAUUCUGAUUCAGAUAGCUCAUCUUCAAGUGAUUCCUCAAGCAGUUCAUCAAGUAGCAGCUCAGGUUCACAUAAAAAUAGGUCAAGAGCAAACAAGACAGACAAGUCCAGAAAAUCAAGUACAGAUUCCAGUUCUUCAGAUGAAUCCCGUGAGAGAUAUUUGAGGACAAAAUCCAGCGUAAAUCAACAGCCGUUAAGGAAAUCACAUGAUCAGAAACAAAGAUCUCGUUCUCGUGAUAGAAAAAGGUCAAGAUCUAGAUCAUAUGACAAAAACAAGCACACUUCAAAGUUAAAUGACAGAAAUUUAAGUGGGAAAUUGGCCACUGAUUCUGGUAAAGAAAAAUCAAAUAAGGCCAGACAAAACUCUCCCAAUAGACGCUCAAAUCGUAGAUCAAGGUCAAAUGAAAGGAAUUCCAGACAUAGAUUAGAAGGUGCACAAAGGUCAUAUGCAACCUUGAGGGAUGACAGAUCACCAAAUUUUAUUCCACCAAGGUCAAGGUCACCUGAUGAUAGAUUCAGACGAGGUAGAUCUCGGUCCCGUAGCCCAAGACUAGAUCCAAGAUAUUACAAGAGAAAUGAUCAUGGUGACUAUGAUGAUUUAAGACACCCAGAUGAUAUAGAUCAUCAUGAUGAUUUCGUUAGACUUGAUCGUAGGGAUGACUUCAGGGAUUAUGGUAGGGAUAGUCCUAGGGGAUAUGGUAGAGCUGGUUCCAGAGAAUAUAGAAGAGAGGACCCUAGAGAUUUUAAUCGAGACGAUCCAUGGGAAUUUGGUAGGGAGGGUAGUAGGGGUUUUGACAGAGACAAUUUGAGAGGUAGAAGACAAGAUUAUAGAGAAUAUGAUGGAGAUCGUGGGAAUAGAGAUAUUCAGAGAACACGGGCAAAUGAUAUCUCAGGGUCCAAUAAUAUCUGGAGUUCACGUGGUAGAGGUGAUCAAAGACAAAACAGACGUCAAGAAAUUGCAAUAGAUAAAGAAUUCUUGGAAAGAAACAAAUCAAGUUGGACAGAUAAUAAUUCUCCAAGAGAAACUGAGAGAAAAUCUUCAAAAGAUAACUUUUCUAAUAAUAAAAACAGCAGCAGAUCUCCAGCUCCAGGAUCAGGAAUGAAGUAUUCUAGGGAGCGAGAGACAAGCAGAUUUAAAGAAAAAUCCAGGGAAGAUCAAAGGUUAUCUAAGGAAAAAGGAACAGAUGACAAGACAGAUAAUAAGUCAUUAACAAAAGACAAGAAAGAAGAAAGGAAGAGUUCUGAAACUAGUAGAUCUAGAGAUAAACACAGGGAAAGUAGGUCACCAAGCCAUAGAAAAUCUAGGACAGAAGACAGCUCCAAGGAAAGUGGGAAACCUGGUGAUAACAGGGACAGCAAAACAAAACAUACAAAAAGUAGGUCACCUGAAAAUAGAAAGAGUAAAUCAGUAGUUAAUGAAAGUAGGUCAAAGUCAAACCAAGCAAGGAAAAGCAGAUCCCCAAGUGACACUAAAACGAGAUCAGAUGAUAGAAGAAUGGACAAUAAGUCAAGGUCAAAUCAAACCAGAAGUAGGUCACCUGAUAAUAGGAAAAGUAGGUCAUCAGAUGAUAGAAUUAAAGAAAGUAAGUCAAGGAAAGAUCAGAAAGAAAAUGAAUUUGCCAAGAGAACUGGAAGUAAAGACAAAAAGGAUUCGCAAAAGAAAAAUGAUAAUGUUAAUGAAAACCAAGGUUCAAAAUCCAGAAGAAAAAGUUCCACAUCUUCCUCAGACAGCUCAUCUUCAAGUAGCUCAGAUGAUGACAGCAGUUCUUCAUCAUCUUCAUCAGAGGAUAGUGAACCUAGAACAAAAAAGACAAAUAUCAAACAGGCUACAAAAUCUAAGCCAAGACAUGAUAGUUCAAGUGAAAGUGAUGGUUCACCACAAAGAAGAAAAAGAGGUGAAAAGGAGAAAGAAGGGAGGGAAAAAGAGAACAAGUAUAAAGAAGUAUCAUCAAAAAGCAUUAAGUCCCCAAAUUCACAAAAAAGGGAAAAACUUGGAGAUAGAAGUGACAGAUCUCUAAAACAGAAAAGGAGAUCAAUUUCUGAUAGUCCACAACGUAAAGAGAGUAGGAACAAGGAAAAGUCUUCAAGAAGACAUGAAGCAUCACGAUCUCAGAGCCCAACAAAGAAGGAGAAAACUAUAAAUAAAAGCCGGGAAAAUUCAUCUAAAAGACAAGAAAGUUCUGAUUCUGAAAGUCCACAAAAGAAGAAAACUAUUUCCAGAAAAUCAGAAAAAAUACCAGUUAGACGUCGAGAUCAAAGACAGUCAGCGUCUGCUAGUCCUGUUAGAAAAGAUCAUAGACGGUCUGUUACUGCUAGUCCUAUUAGAGAAAGAAGUGAUAAGAAAAGGUCUGAUAGUCAAAGUAAAGAUAAACAGAGAGGGAGGAGAUCUGGGUCAGGUAGUCUAGAAAGGGUCAAGACAAAUAAAAGUAAGGAAUCUGCAACCUCCAGUCAAGCACAGAGGAAGGGAAAAGAAGUAAAAAAUAGAUAUAGUGAUAAAUCUGAAUCAAGAAGUCCACAACAAAAAAAAUCUAGGACUCCUGCUACAAGGAAAGAUUCAGAAAACAAGCAAGUUGAUAGAAGUGGUAGAAAAGGAUCUGAUUCACAAUCUAAACUUGAAAGAAAGGACUUGCAAAGAAGAGGUAGAAGAUCUAAAUCUAGGAGUCCACUUCUCAGUAAAGAAGAUAGAAAAAGAUCAAAUUCUGGAAGUCCAUCUGAAAGGAAAGACUCACGAAGGAAAAAAGCUAGUGCAGAAAGGCCAAAAGACACAUCAAAUUCAAAUUCAUCUCCCAGGACACCUGCCUCUAAGAGUAGAGAGAUAACUGGUGGUAAGUCACAAUCACCUGAAAAGUCAAAAUCAAAGAGAUCAAGUCCAGAACAGAAAAAGGCAGAUUCUUCAUCUGAUAGUCCUUCACCAAAGCCAGUCACUAAACAUAGGUCAACUUCAAGUUCUUCUUCUGUCAGUCCUCCAAGGAGAAAAGCAAAAAGGUCAAGAUCAUUAUCAGGGAGUCCACCAGGGACUAAAGCUGAUCUCAGAAAACAUGGUGAAGACAUAAGGUCUAGGUCAUCUUCAUCAGACUCAGAAUCAUCACGAUCACAUUCAUCUAAAUCACCAAAAAGAAUAAAAAGUCACUCAACAAGAAGCACUCCUGUCUCUAAUCAUUCCACCCAUAGCUCAACUUCAAAACAGAGACAAAAAGAUGACUCUAGUAAAACAUUUGGAAGUGUCAAAGAUCUUGAAUCAAGGUCUCGUUCAUCUUCACCUAUUGUAGAAAAUGCUGAUUCAAAGAAAAAAUCAGAUAAAAAUGAUAGAAGUUUUGAGUCUCUAAAAUCAUCUUCACCACAAAAGCUGAAUGUGAGUUCUAAAUCUGGUGAUAGAAAUAGGAGUCUCACAUCAGUAGAUGGGGAUCAGUCUUUUGGAAAUGAACCAAGCUUUACGGUUGAAGCAGGGAACCAGUCCUUAGUAUCAGACGGUCCCAACACAUCAAUGGACAGUGAAAAGAGAUUAGAACGCAAACAUGACAUGGCAAAAUUUGAAAGUGAGCCGGAGAGUGGUGAGAUUACUAGCAGUGAUAGUGAAGAAGAGAGACCGCCAGCAAUUAAAAGUAUUAUACAGAUUCAAGGUCAGAACCAGAAUGAAGAGGAUGAGACUUUUGGUGUAGAUGAUGACGAUAAGGAUCAGCAGGCAAGGAAACGUAAAUACAGCAGUGACAGUGGUACAGAAAAUGAUAAGAAGGAGAAGAAGAGGGAAAGAAAACAAGAUGAAGGUCAACGGUCAUCAUCUAAACGGAGAAUUGAUGAAGAAAGGCAAGAUUCCAGGGGUGAUGACAGGAGACGUAUGAAUGAUGGUAGGAGUAAUCACUAUAAUGAUAGAGGUGACUAUAAUGAUGACAGGGACAAUAAGAGAAGAAGAAGAGAUGGAGAGAGAAUGAGGGAUGGAUAUGGUAAUAGAAGAAGAAGGCCAGAAAGUGACAGUGAAUCGAGGAAAAGGAAAUCAGAAAAUAUGAACACAAGUAACAAUGCUGAUGACCAGCGUCCUGAUGAUACAGAAGAACCUCCUGCCAAAAAGAAGCCAGCAGACGACAGCUUGCUUUCCUUGACAACAAGGACAGGUGGUGCUUACAUUCCCCCAGCUAGACUUAGGGCAAUGCAGGCAAAAAUUACAGAUAAAACAAGUAUUGAAUACCAGAGGAUAUCAUGGGAAGCGUUAAAGAAAAGUAUAAAUGGUUUAGUGAACAAAGUAAACGUCUCCAAUCUGAUUUUCAUUGUUCGAGAACUGUUCCAGGAAAAUAUUGUUAGAGGGAGGGGGUUAUUAGCCAGAUCUGUGAUACAAGCUCAAUCAGCUUCACCUACUUUUACUCAUGUUUAUGCAGCAUUAGUAUCCGUCAUUAAUACAAAGUUUCCACAAGUUGGAGAGUUGAUAUUGCGACGAUUAGUGAUACAGUUUAGACGAGGAUUUAAGAGAAAUGACAAAAGUCUUUGUUUAUCCACCACCAGAUUCAUAGCUCACCUAGUCAACCAGCAAGUGGCCCAUGAAGUUCUAUCAUUAGAAAUAUUGACUUUGUUAUUGGAGAAUUCUUCUGAUGAUUCUGUAGAAGUGGCUGUAGGGUUCCUAAAGGAAAGUGGACAGAAAUUGACAGAAGUCUCACCGAGGGGAAUUAACGCAAUAUUUGAGAGAUUGAGGAAUGUUUUACAUGAAGGACAGAUUGAUGUCAGGGUGCAGUAUAUGGUAGAAGUCAUGUUUGCCAUCAGAAAAGAUGGAUUCAAGGAUCAUCAGUCUGUUGUUGAGGAGCUAGAUCUUGUGGAAGAGGAUGACCAGUUCACUCAUAUGAUGACUUUAGAAGAAGAAGGAACACCAGAAGAAAUGCUGAAUGUAUUCAAGUUUGAUCCUGACUUUGAAUCUAAUGAAGAAAAAUACAAGACUUUAAAGAAAGAAAUAUUAGAUGAAGGCAGCUCUGAUGAGGAUGGUGGAAGUGGAUCAGGAUCUGGAUCUGAAAGUGAUGAAAGUGGAGAAGAAAAUGAAGAAGCAAAGCAAACUAUCAUAGACAACACAGAAACAAAUCUUGUGGCCUUAAGAAGGACUAUAUACCUCACCAUUCAGUCUAGUCUGGAUUUUGAAGAAUGUGCUCAUAAGUUGUUAAAGAUGAAAAUGAAGCCUGGCCAAGAAAUUGAGCUAUGUAAUAUGAUUCUGGAUUGCUGUGCUCAACAGAGAACUUAUGAAAAGUUUUUUGGUUUAUUAGCUCAGAGAUUCUGUAUGAUAGAUAAGAAGUAUAUAGAACCUUUCCAGGGAAUGUUUAAAGAGCAGUAUGAGACCAUACAUCGUCUAGAGACUAACAAGUUGAGGAAUGUUGCCAAGUUCUUUGCACAUUUAUUGCAUACAGAUGCAAUUUCCUGGGGAGUCAUCACCUGUAUCAGGUUAAAUGAAGACGAUACAUCCUCAGCAAGCCGUAUUUUUAUCAAGAUUAUGUUUCAAGAGUUGUCUGAAUUCAUGGGACUUCCAAAGUUAAAUGAAAGACUUAAGGAUCCGACAUUACAAGGUUUCUUUGAAGGCAUCCUACCUAGAGAUAAUCCAAAGAAUACAAGAUUUGCUAUCAAUUUCUUCACAACAAUUGGUUUAGGUGGACUGACGGAUGAUUUACGAGAAUGUUUGAAAAAUGUCCAGAAACCAGCAGUUGAACAACAAGCAGCAGAGGAUUCUGACAGUUCAUCUUCAUCAUCGUCCUCAUCAUCUUCUUCAUCAUCAGAUGAAUCAUCAUCCUCAGACAGCAGUAGUUCUGAUUCUGAUUCUAGUUCAGGAAGUUCAUCAGAUGAACAGUCCAAGAAAAAGAAGACCUCAGCAAAACAUCGGAAAAAAGUUGAGGAUAAAAGAAGAGGAAGGAAGACUAAUGGGGAUAUUGAAGAACAACAUAAGGAUAAACGAUCGUCAGAAACAAGUAAAAGACGGGGCAAAGAAAAUAAAGAUGGUUAUCGUAAAAGUGAUAAAGAAAGGGACGAUAAAAUGGAUUUUAGUGAUCCAUGGUCGAGACAAAAAACAAACAGUGAAAACAAUGUUAUCAAAUCAAAGAAGGGUAACUCUCAUAAAAAUAAGAGAAGUGAAAAUUCUCCAGAAAAGAGGAAAAAGGAUAAACAUCAAGACAAUGAAAGAAGGGACAGUAAACGUGACCAACGAGAGGAAAGACAUCGAAAAAGAAGCUACUCACCAGAGAACGUUAGAAAACGAUGAAAAUAAAUUUGAUUUAUUUAUAAUUAUCAUUAUGCAUAUGAAUUUAUUGAGGGGGUGAAUGGGUUGUUGAGAGAUCACUGUUCAUAGUGCUAUUAAAUUAUGUCAUUAUUGUC